AUGGACAAGUCAGACCGUAACGAUGGCCACACGUCUUCGAAACGCUUCGGCAGCACAUCCUCCCACGGUCGCAACAACCCUUUCAACGCUGUCACGCCUUUGAGCACUAGCGGUAUUUCCUCUCCCACUACUGGAGCUUCUGGCGCUUUUGGUCUGGGCUCAGGCGCCUUUGCUUCAUUUGGUUCUGCAACAAAGACUCCCAAAACACCGGGCACCGCAUUUGACUUUGCCAAAGCUGUCACUGGCACGCCCUCGACCGCCAACUCGGCUGAGAAGAAGGACGGCGACGAGAAGAAAAGCUUUGCCAGAAAGGUCGCGCCUGUCACAACACCUCGUUCCACCACCUCGCAAUCAACAGAGCCGGCAGCACGAGGCAAUGACAGCCCGUGGCCGCUCAAGUACACAUGGGUCAUCUGGUACAGACCCNCCACGUCCAAGAACUCGGACUAUGAAAAAUCUACUAGACCUAUGUGCAAAAUCUCAACAGCACAGCAGUUCUGGCAGGUUUACUCACACCUUAAACAUCCCUCUGGACUUCCUACUGUGUCAGACUACCACUUCUUCCGUGACGGCAUCAGACCUGUAUGGGAGGAUGAGGAGAACAAGAAGGGAGGAAAGUGGAUUCUAAGAUUGAAGAAGGGAGUGGCAGACCGCUACUGGGAGGAUCUUCUCUUGGCCAUGAUCGGAGAUCAGUUCGCCGAGGCUGGCGAGGAGGUUUGUGGUGCCGUUGUCAGCGUGCGUAGUGGCGAGGAUGUCUUCAGCAUCUGGACCAAGAACGACGGUGGCAGGAACGUCAAGAUUCGCCAUGAUGACAGCAUCACUCAACGCAGCGCCAUUGACCAGGCACGUCAAGAAAAGACAGGCCACCAUGGUGAGAGACGCCGCAACCAAAACCAGAGCUCGACGGGCAAUGGCACGGGCGAGCAGGAAAAGGUAGCGGCAUCAUGA